AUGAGUCAGCAGGCGCUCGGCUUGGCUCUCUUGAGCCUGUUUGCGAUCGCGCAGUGUGGACCUCCUGGUAAGCCGACGCUGGGAUGGGGUGAAAGAACCUUCGCCAUAGUCGAAGUCAACCAAGCCGCCACGGCAUAUAACCAACUCGUCACAAAGAAGGAUGCCGCUGACGUCACAGUCAGCUGGAACGUUUGGUCUGGAGAUCCGGCCGAUACGGCCAAGGUUUUGCUCGAUGGAAAGGAGUACUGGUCUGGUGCGUCGACAGCUGCAGGCACCGCGGCAUUUAAAAUAAAGAAGGGUGGGCGUUACAUGAUGGAAGUUCAGCUGUGUAAUAAGGACGGCUGUAGCUCCAGUGACCCCACUGAAAUCAUUGUCGCCGAUACUGACGGAAGCCACUUACCCCCCUUAGACUACACUAUGGACGAGAAACACAAGCCCUUUAAACAGACUUCAGGAAAAGUAGUGGGAGCAUACUUUGUUGAAUGGGGCGUAUACCCUAGGAAGUACCCCGUCGACCGAGUGCCCAUUCCAAACCUUACUCAUCUUCUAUACGGUUUCAUCCCGAUCUGCGGCGGGGACGGAAUUAAUGACAGUUUGAAGGAAAUUGAAGGCAGUUUCCAAGCUUUACAGCGCUCUUGCAGCGGACGAGAAGACUUUAAGGUAUCAAUUCACGAUCCUUGGGCGGCGCUACAGAAACCGCAGAAAGGGCUGUCGUCUUGGAAUGAGCCCUACAAAGGUAACUUUGGUCAAUUGAUGUCUUUGAAACAAGCUAGGCCCGAUUUGAAAAUUCUUCCCUCAGUCGGUGGCUGGACUUUAGCUGACCCCUUCUUUUUCUUUGACGACAAAGUGAAGAGGACGCGGUUCGUCGCAUCAGUAAAAGAUUUUCUUCAGACAUGGAAAUUCUUCGACGGUGUGGACAUAGAUUGGGAAUUCCCCGGUGGCAAGGGAGCGAAUCCAACGCUCGGCAGUCCUAAAGACGGUGAAGUAUACGUAACACUGAUGAAGGAGCUUCGAGAAAUGCUCAACGAGUUGUCUGCUGAAACUGGAAAGAAAUACGAAUUGACGUCAGCAAUCAGCGCGGGAUGGGAUAAGAUUCAAGUCGUUGAUUACAAGGCCGCGCAGAACUAUAUGGACCACAUUUUCGUUAUGAGCUAUGACUUUAAAGGAGCUUGGUCUAACGAUACCUUGGGCCACCAAACUGCGCUUUAUGCUCCGUCCUCGAAUCCUAAAGAAACUUAUACCACCGACUUCGGAGUUCAGUACUUACUCGCCCAAGGUGUUAACCCGAAGAAAAUAGUGGUGGGAGUAGCCAUGUAUGGUCGCGGGUGGACCGGUGUACACAACUACACUGAAGGCAAUCCUUUCACGGGCGUCGCUACGGGCCCCUGCAAGGGAACGUGGCAAGAUGGUGUAGUCGAUUACAGAGAAAUAGCCAACGAAAUCGCCCAAAACAAAUGGGAGUUCCAUUACGAUAACGUGGCACAAGCGCCCUACGUGUUCAGACCAUCUACUGGAGACCUCGUUACUUAUGAUAAUGCGAGAUCUGUAACUGAGAAAGGUAAAUAUGUCAGGAAGAACUACCUCGGAGGCCUGUUUGCUUGGGAAAUAGAUGCAGACAACGGUGAUAUACUGAAUGCUAUGAAUAUGGCUCUAGGCAACAGCCCCGUUUAA